UAAGAAAACCUUACUGUCAUGUCUUCCUGCAUGUUUUAUAUCCGGCUCGAAGGACCAAAAGCGUCAGUCGCGUUUGUGACCCUAUUUGAUUGAUUACUUUGGUGUCGCCAUUUCGCCAAUAUUAUAAGCCUUACAAGUCGUCAGUGUAGUUCUUUUAAUGUUAUGACCAAUUGACCAAUUCAUUCGAAAAGAUUGUGAAACGUAAUAAAAAAACGUCCCUGUAUAAAAAUAAUUCGCGUAUUGUUGAUGGUAGCGCCCCCUGCCCCUGACUACUGUGGGUCUAUCUAAACAAUCGUUUUAUUAAAAAAAAUGCUUCAAUGAUAAACAUCAACAUUGUCUAUGUAAAGUACGGACGACAGCAAAUCAGACCAUACAAUUUUGUUACAAAUUAGCACCUAUUACAACUUCCAUAAGAUGCCGCAGUAUUUAGCCUGACGUACUGGCGCAAAGAAUAUAAUAUUUACUCUGACGUGCUGGCGUCUGUACAUAAACAAGCGUCAAACUGAUCAUUUUGUCCCAUGUCCAUCAAAAUUCCUAACAAAAUUCUUAGUAGGUAAAUUAGUUACAUUAAAGUAAAUGAAUGAUGUUUCAAACAGUGAACGACACUUUCUAUUACUUUGCAUACGGCAGUAAUUUACUGAAAAAGAGGAUACACAUCAACAAUCCAUCAGCGGAGUUCGUAGGCAUAGGAAGACUCAAUGAUCACUUACUUGAUUUUUUCAAAUACUCGGAGAACUGGUGCGGCGCCGUUGCUACUAUAGUCCCGUCAGAUGGCGCUUAUGUUUGGGGUGCUGUGUGGAAGAUAAGCGAUAACAGCAUACCUGCUUUAGACAAACAAGAAGGAGUAGAUACUAACACAUAUUUCCCGAAAAUGGUAACAGUCUUCACUCCCACCGAGAGUAAAGUUGAAUGCCGCACAUACCAACUAACUGAUAUGCCAACAAGACGAUUGCGUGAUGAUAAUACAGAGCUGCCCUCUGAAAGGAGACCAUCCAUCACGUAUUUGGACUGCAUCAUAAAAGGCGCUAUGGAAUGCAAAUUGCCCGAUGAAUACAUUGAAAAGUUGAGAAAAGUGCCACAUAACAAUCAAGAAGCAACUCCGCAAAUGCAAGAAAUAUUAAGGGGUUGAAAACAGAUUUGUUACAAUAAAUGUUGUUUA